AUGCCGAGGGGGUUUCUGGUGAAGAGGAGUAAACGCGGCCCGGCGGGAUCAUACCGGGUCCGGGAGGAGCGCGAUCCCGAUAAUGCGCCGUGCACGAUGCAGGUGCCCGAGAUGCCCGUGCUCGUGCCCGGUCUGAACUUGAUUGACGGUAAGAACGAACGCGAAUUUAAUUACGAUUCCCGCGCUGAUCAAACUUUCCGAAACUCCAUCAGUUCCGCGCCACCCGGACUGAGGGGCAUCCCGUACCCGCGGUGCCAGAGCUCACCCACCGCAUCGGAGUCCUUCCCGGUGCCCUCCAUCGAGCGCCUGCUCUUCACCAGCCGCGCAGACAUGAAGCUGGGUACUUACGCUUCGUUCGAGACCCUAAAACGCUCGUGCAUGGAGAGCAAAAGCAAACCGCGCAAACCCAAAGUGGCGCGAAAACUCAGCUUCGAAGAUGAAGUCACGACCUCACCCGUGCUCGGACUGCGCAUCAAGAAGGAGAGCCCGGUGCCAAGCCCGGUGCCAAGCGGUGCCGCCAGACAGAAACCUCUGGGUGAGUUUAUAUGCCAGCUCUGUAAGGAGGAGUACGCGGACCCGUUCUCACUGGCACAGCACCGGUGCUCGCGCAUCGUCCGGGUGGAGUACAGGUGCCCAGAGUGCGACAAGGUCUUCAGCUGCCCGGCCAACCUGGCAUCGCACCGACGCUGGCACAAACCGCGAGACGCUCCGAGCGCAAAGAUGCACGAGAAGGUGUCAGUGGAGGGUAAAGAGAAUGCCAACGAGAUGAGACCAAAACCCCAAGCUCUGCAUCAGCAGUACCAACACCAGCACCACCAGCAGCACCAGCAGCACCAGCACCACCUCCAUCUGAGCUUCUUCUCCACCGAGAGCGCGCACCAUCCACUGGACACGCGCUGCUACGGCGGCCCCGACAAACGCUUUGAUCUGACAUCGGGUCCAAGCCCCGGAUCCCCCGCAGCCCCACCACCUCCACCCCCCGCAGCAGCACUAGAUGAGGGGGACCUGCUGGAUGAUGAUGAUGAUAAAGAGUACGCGUACGCCUGCCACUACUGCGCCAAACGGUUCCGCAGGCACGCGUACCUCAGAAAGCACGUGGCCGCGCACCAGAGUCUCCAGGCGGACUGCGGCGCUCCGCUCCCACCGUACACCUGCCACCUGUGCGGCGCGCGCUUCCCCUCGGCGGACAUGCGAGAGAAGCACCGGCUCUGGCACGCGCUGGCGGGACCGGGCAAAGUGGUCAACGCGUUUCUGAGACCCGAACUGAUGGUGGUGCCGCCCAAACCCAGCCGUCUGUGGGAGGUUCCAACCUGA